AUGAAUGGUGUGAUCAACUAUAGUAUACUGGAAAACAUCCUGUUUGUUAUCCAUCUGAAACCAUUAAGCUUCCGGAGCAUUGGAUGGAAUAAUGAAGAGCGGAAGUGGGAUUUGGUAGUCCGAUUAACAGCUGAUUCAGAUCCAUUUUUUCUUUAUAACUUAAUAGUUACAGAAGAAGAUUUUCAGAGUGGAAGGUGAAUUAAAUAAAAGUGGAGGCUCUUAGUAGAUUUUUCUGCAUUCCCACAAAAGUUUAUAGAUCUUCUACAGCAGUGCAUCCAAGAGGAGAACAAAGAUGUUCCAAGAUUCCUGCUGCAGUUAGUUUCUUCAGCACCUGUAUUUGACUGUACACCUGCCUAUCUAAAUGUUGUGGAGACCAAUGCUUUCAAACACUUGACCCACCUUUCUUUAAAAUUACUACAUGGAACUGAUGUGGAAAUAAAGAAAUACUUAGCUGCCUGUUUAAAAUGUAUAAAGGAUGAAAAGUUGCUGUUAGAAGAGCAGCUUAAAAAAACCUAAGAUGACCUGAACAAGCAAUUAACAGACAACCAAAAGACAUUGUCAGAAAAGAGCAGUGAACUGGACAGGCUAAGAAGUGAAUGGGCAACACAAACAGCAAGAAUAAAUGAUCAGUAUUUCCAAGAACUAACAACUGAGAGAGAACGCAUUGUUUCUGUUUUUAUUCAAGUUCUGAUACGAUGGCAGCAGCAACUUGAACAGCAGAGAAAGGAAUUGAAAUCUUAUCACAAGAGAAGCCUUCAGCAAUUACAGAACAGCCUGGCAGAAUUAGAGACUAUAAACAAAGAGCUUAUUGAAAGGCGAUACAAAGCAGAAUGUGUCACCCAAGAAAUGAAAGCAAAACUUUCAGGCUCAGAAGAUGAGUGCUACAGAGCAAAGCAAGAAGCCCAGUCAUUACGUGAGGAGAACUCCAUGCUUUAUGCAGAAUGCCAUGAAAAGGAUAAGUUGAUUAAUCAGCUGCAAACUCAUGUUGCUGUUUUCGAGCAAGAGAUCAAAGACAAGGACCAAUUGUUUUCUAGAACUAAGGAAGUAUUGGAAGCAACUCGGCAACAAAAGGUAUCAUUUGAAGAAAACUCAGAAAAGCAAGUUCAAGUGGAAAAACUGGAAACCAUUGUGAAAUCUCUGUCUGAAGAGCUGCUUAAGGCUAAUAAAAUUUUCAAAAAAUUACAAAGCAAUACGAAAGCACUAAUGGAAAAGCUGAAAGUAAAAAAUACGGUCACAAUACAACAAGAAAAACUGCUAUCAGAGAAAGAAAAGCAAUUGCAGAAACAAUAGACAGAGCUAGGGGAAGCUCAGCAUAAAUUGCAAAUCCAAGAGGAGGAGGUAUCAAAAUUGCAAGAGCAAUUAAAAGGAUCAAUGGAGAAAUUAGAGGAAAGCAAGCAGCUUCUUAAAACUAAUGAAAAUGUAAUUACGUGGCUCAACAAACAACUUAAUGACAAUCAAAUGAAAAGGAAACAAGAGAUAACAGGAACAUCUGGGAUCAUGUCUGCUUCUGAAAUUAGUAACUACUUCAAAAGAGGAACUGUACAUCCCAGUAUGUUUGAAAAAAAUCCUUUAUUAAUCAUUUCUGGUUCCAACUGUCCAGUUACCUCUGCGGUACCAUCUUUGUCACAACAGUUUACAGUCACUGGUAUGAAGCCACACUACAUAAUGUCGCAUGAGCAAGGCUUAGGACCAAAGCCAACAGCUUGCACUGUGGUGGUCAACCAAGUUGAGCAUUGCCUGGUGUGGCAGAGAAGUUCCAGAGGACAACUGUGGGUUCAGACUAACACACAAUUUUUAAACUCAAGUACAUCUUCCAUGACUUCAAAACCCAAAUUUCCAGUUGGAUUAUGCACAGCUCCAUCACCGGACAAAGAAAAUAACUUUGAUUUAGGAUCAAAGUAUUUUAAGCAGCGUCAAGAUAGCAUUCCUCUACGAGGACUGUCUGCUCACAGUAUAUUCAAUUCCGGAACACAAAUGGCAAAACCUGGACAUCUUCCUCCAGCUUCUACAUAUUUCUGUGAACAAGAACUGGAACCAUCCUGAUUCUGCAGUUAACUUGACUGGCUCCCCUACUCCAAAUAUUGAG